CAUACUAGUUUUGUGAUGCUACUUUUGCUGAUUUUACGGCGCUAGCGUACACUGUAAAUAAAGAGAGGUUCGGUUUGUGGCUUUGUGCAUCUCUGCUUCUACAACAACAAAGAACAAAGCAGGAAAAAAUAGACUGCAAUUUUAAACCUUGAACACAAAACAAAAAUAUUUUAUAUUGAAGUUUACCAAUGAAGUUUAAAUUAAUUUAAAUGCCACGAAGUUUAGGUGUGUUUUAAGUGGGAUCACAGGACAAAAAAACCGGCGUAACGAAACUUUGUUUGGCUGUUAUGAUAGGACUGACAAAAUGAACUUGGAGCUAUUAGAGUCUUUUGGGCAGAACUACCCUGAGGAGUUCGAUGGCACCCUGGACUGCAUAUCCUUGGCAGUGACAUGCUCUUUCAACAAGCGUGGCACCCUUCUCGCAGUCGGCUGCAACGAUGGCAGGAUAGUCGUUUGGGACUUUCUAACGAGGGGCAUUGCAAAAAUCAUACCAGCGCAUAUGCAUCCGAUCUGUUCUCUCAGUUGGUCUCGAGAUGGACAUAAAUUGCUGAGUGCCUCGACAGAUAACAAUGUCUGCAUUUGGGAUGUUUUAUCCGGUGAAUGUGAAGAACGUUUUAGGUUUCCCUCGCCAAUAUUAAAGGCCCAGUACCACCCACGUAAUGAUAAAAUGUUUCUAGUGUGCCCACUUCGCCAUGCUGCAGUAAUAGUAGAUCUAAAUGGAAAGCAUCAACUCGUACCUUUAGAUGAUGAUACAGAUUUAACAAUCGUCGCAUCAUUUGACAGAAGAGGUCAGCACAUUUACACAGGCAAUUCGAAAGGAAAAGUCUUAGUUUUUUCAGUACCGAGUUUAGAAAUGAAAGCGUCUUUUCGUGUAGCUCAGAGUGCAACAGCAAUCAAAAGUAUUGAGUUUGCAAGGAGGGGAGAAUGUUUCCUGAUUAAUACAGGUGAUAGAAUAAUUAGAAUUUACAAUUCAAACGAUAUUUUUUCAUGCGGAAAUGAUGCUGAACCCGAACCAAAACACAAACUACAAGAUCUUGUCAAUAAAACUAUGUGGAAAAAAUGCUGUUUUUCUGGAGAUGGAGAGUAUGUUUGUGCUGGGUCUGCACGACAGCAUGCCCUGUACAUAUGGGAAAAAGGAUUUGGCAAUCUUGUUAAAAUUUUACACGGUACAAAGGGUGAACUGUUGCUCGAUGUUGUGUGGCAUCCUGUCAGACCGAUUAUUGCAUCUAUAAGUAGCGGAGUGGUCUCAGUUUGGGCACAGAACCAAGUUGAAAACUGGUCUGCCUUUGCGCCCGAUUUUAAGGAACUCGAUGAAAAUGUCGAAUACGAAGAGAGGGAGAGUGAGUUUGAUUUGAGUGAUGAAGACAAAUCUGUGACAGCAGGGCCACAAAAAGAAGACGAAGACCUCGAGGUGGACGUGACAACUAUAGAACCAGUCAAUGCAUUUUGUAGUUCAGACGAGGAAAUUGAAGAAUCGAAAAUAUUACAAUUCCUCCCGAUCGCACCCGAAGUCGAAGAUCCCGAAGAUGGGCCAUCGAUAGUUGCUCCUCCUCCUACCAACACAGGAGGGUCAGCUUCUUCCAAGUUUCGUGUUUAUGACAUCGCACUCGAAGGGUCUAUCACAGAUGAACCUCAUCCACUGCUGAGCAACAAAGGAGGAAAAGAAAAACAAUCAUCCAGUAAAAAAGGUGUUAAAAGAAUGAUAAAAUGAAUCAACAGAAGGCAAAUAGAUUUCCCUCUGUUGAAAAAAAAAUAUAUAUAACCUUUGUUGAUUUAUCAUUUGUCAAAUCUGUACAUAUUUUAAGUUUUAUUAAAUAUAAUUUUGUAUGGUUC